GUGUUAAAGUGUAACUUUAAAAGCAUGAAAAAUGAUGUUUAAGUUUGUUUCUGGUGUGAAAAAUAAGUCCAAACUUUAAAAACAACUAAAAAAAAAAAAAAAAAAAAAAAGGCGCAUGCCGGUUGAACGUUAGCAGUGAAUACUCCGGUGCUUACCGCCUGCAGCCGUGCGUGAUUGACUGCCAGCAAUCUGAUCCAGUGAAAGACAUUGACAACCAAUAGGAAGCGGAGUGCGGCUUGUUUCCAUGGGAGGCCCCGGGAGGCGAUGCCAAGCCGCUAGAAAGCAACAUAGUGAGCGGGGAGAAGCGCAAGGCAAGCAGCCGGGACUGUGGAGAUCCUGCAGCCGCUCCGUGGCACUCUGCGCGCGGAUGAAAGGGAAGGGAGGUCGCUAGGGGGACCGGACAGGAGACUCUGGAGACUCUGCACAUCGCUCGUCAGUUAAAGCCACAGCAGCGCAGAAUGGAUGGAUUUCACGACCAGCAAGUGCCUUAUUGUAACUCCAAAAAGCAGCACGAAAAGACGACGAGCUGCCAGAAGCCAGCACAUGAUAGAAAGAGAAAAUUCAUUAAGUCCGACCUGGCUCUGGACACUGAAGAGCUCUUCCAGGACCUCAGUCAGCUGCAGGAGACUUGGCUGGCAGAAGCUCAAGUUCCCGACAAUGACGAGCAGUUCGUUCCAGACUUCCAGACUGAAAACUUGGCUUUCCACGGACUGCAGCUGAAGAUCAAGAGGGAGCUGCACAGCCCGUGUUCAGAGCUGAGCUCCAACUGUAGUCAGGAACGGCCCUUCAAACUCCAGUAUGGAGAGAAGUGCCCGUACAACGUCAGUGCCUAUGAGCAGAAGCAGCCUGCAGGAAUGAAGCCCUCCAGCCCAGUGACGCCCCCCUGUAGCACCCCUGUGUCCCCCCUCCAUCAUGCCUCACCCACGGGGGCUCCAACACCCAAACCAGACAGGACCUACGCCCACAUACCGCCCUCACAGCCGCUCCCUGACAACGCCUACUCUAUGGACCACAGAUUUCGACGUCAGCUCUCAGAGCCGUGCCACUCGUUCCCCUCCCCGCCGACGAUGGCUCGGGACAGCCGGCCCAUCUACCACAGGCAGAUGUCAGAGCCCAACAUCCCCUUCCCUCCUCAAGGCUUCAAGCAGGAGUAUCCCGACCCCCUGUUCGAGCACCCGGCCAUGAUGGGGGCCCCGCUACCCCACACAUACCCCGCCACCAUGAUGAUCAAGCAGGAGCCGAGAGACUUCACCUACGACUCAGCAGAAGUGCCUAGCUGCCAUUCUGUCUACUUACGGCAAGACGGCUAUCUGGCUCACACUAACAGGACCGAAGGUUGUAUGUUUGACAAAGUGGUGAGGCAUUUCUACGAUGAUACCUGUGUGGUGCCUGAAAAGGCUGAAGGUGACAUCAAGCAGGAGUCAGGCCUGUACCGCGAGGGCCCGUCGUACCAGCGCAGAGGCUCGCUGCAGCUCUGGCAGUUCCUGGUGGCUCUGCUGGACGACCCGUCCAACUCCCACUUCAUCGCCUGGACCGGCCGCGGCAUGGAGUUCAAACUCAUCGAGCCAGAGGAGGUGGCACGCCGGUGGGGGAUACAGAAGAAUCGACCGGCGAUGAAUUACGACAAGCUCAGCCGAUCGUUGCGCUACUACUACGAGAAGGGAAUCAUGCAAAAGGUGGCCGGCGAGAGAUACGUCUACAAGUUCGUGUGCGACCCCGAGGCCUUGUUCUCCAUGGCGUUUCCCGACAAUCAGCGGCCGGUGCUGAAGACGGACAUGGAGCGGCAGAUCAACGAGGAGGACACGGUGCCGCUGUCGCACUUUGACGAAAACAUGGCCUACGUACAGGAGGGGCCUUACUGCCAGCCGCACCCCUACAGCGAGGGCUAUGUUUAUUAACGUCAGCCCCACAACCACACACACCCACACACAGACACACACACACACCUCCACUCUCCCCUGCCCCCCCCCGCCUCCUCCUAACAUACACCUGGGACUGUCAUGUCCUCUAAUUCACAGUCGCUCCGGGAACAAGACUGAUCACACACACAUGCAGCGGAGCUUCCCUUUCUCUCUCUCUCUGUCUCUCUCACAUAAACCUCUUUUUUGCUCUUUCUGACGUCCAAGCCGCACAGCAGGAUGGAGAGUGCACUUUAUGGACAGGACCGGCGCGGUGUUAACCUGCCAGGGGCUAGCUAUGUGGUCGGCUUUUGCUUAUGUUUGUACAUUAAUGUGGGAAUCAUUCUGUUGUUUUUUUUUAUUCCUAUGAUUUGGAGCAUGUGGCGCCCCGGUGAGACAGGACUCUACGGCUAAUUCAUGCUCACCCAAGGACUGAAUCUUCGACUUCCUGCAAAAGAAACAGUCUUGUCUGCACGCGUGCAGCAAAUCGAAGGAUAAUCGCUUUUGUUCGACUGUCCUUUUUUUUUAGUUUUGUCCUCAAAACCGCCAUCCUGUACUUUCAUGUUCAUUUAAGUGAAUACUGGCGACGUAUUGUAACGAUACUUAAAUGGUGAAGUGACAUGAUUAUAGACUUGAAAAAGUAACGUGAUAAUAAAAGAGACAUUUAGCUACCAUCAGUGAGAACUGCCUCACCACCAGUUUGAGCACAGCACCUCUCGUCUGCCAAUGAUCUCUGCCCCUCGUCCAAUCAAACUGUAGAUCUCAUCAUGUAGGUGUUUUUUGCUGUAACGACAUAAACUGGAUCAUCCCUCUCGACGGCUGAAGAAACCUCGUGGGUUAGUAACGAUGAGACUCUGGCACGCAAGGAUGCUCUCGAAGAAAAUACUUUCUCCGCAUCACAUGUGAACGGCCCGAGUUUAGGAUAAUCAAUAAAGCUACAGGCCGCUGUAAAAUAACUCAUUCACUAUAAACAGCAGUUUUUUUUUCCUCAUUCAUUUGUUAUUCAGGUGUUCAGUUUUUCAAUGAAUAACAGGUGAAAGUGUAUGUACAGUUCAAGUGGACACAGCAAUCAAUCGAUCAACACAUUCAGGAUAUUAUUUGCAUCCCGAAAUAAAAAAAUACAGAAGUGAUUUUAUUGGCUUCAACAAUAAAAGCUUAAAAGAGAAAAAAAAAAAAAAAAAAAUCAAACAUAAAGUCAAAUAUGUCCCUGAUUUUUCUUUUUCUGUUUUGUUCCAGGUGAACAUGAGGUGUAUAUUUUGCUUAAAAACCAGUUGCUUUGCCAUUGAUAAGGUUGCUUUUUGGUAAGAAAAAAAAAAGGUAUAAGAAAUAUUUAGAGUUUUAUAAUGUGACAGAAAAAAUUCAUGUUAUAACAAAAAUAGUGUUCCAUUGUAUAAUCAGGUAAAUGCACAUUUUGUUGCUGCUUCAAAUUGUAAGUGUAUUUUCUAGUCUCAAGAGAAAAAAAAAGUAAAGAAGUGUGGCAGUUACGGCCUGCUGUUCUGGGUUUCUCUUAUAUUUUUUUUAAUUAUUUUAUUGUUUUAUAAUUUUGUUUUUGUUCAAUUCUGAGCAUUAAAAAGAAUCUGGUCAGUCUGAGUUUUGUUUGUCGAGGGUUCACAUGUGUGGGAUGGGAUUGGCAAUAGCAAAAAUUCUGUAAUAAAAUAGUUCUGAAAAACAAAAGUUAUCCCCCACUUUUCAGAUGUUUUACGUAAUGAAUCAUCACAUAAAAGUUUUGUUGUUAAGAA